AUGUCCGGACUGAGCCGCGCUGUUCUAGCCGGCAGAGCAAACCUACGUCGAGCGAUCCAGAGAAACUCAUCUGGAGGUUUUUAUGGUUCCCAGAACUUUGAUGGAUUCAAAGAGACGAUGACAGGGACCCUCAAGCAAUCUCACACAGCGAAACAGACUUGGAAGAAGAUCUUCUAUUGGGCUUCCAUACCUUGCUUGGCCAUGACCAUGUACGCCGCUUACAAGGAUCAUGCUCAUCAUAUGGCUCAUGAACGCCCUGAAUAUGUUCCAUAUAACUUCUUGAACGUCAGGAAUAAGCCAUUCCCAUGGGGAGACGGCAACCACUCUCUUUUCCAUAAUAAGGCCGAGCAAUAUGUGCCUGGUGUUGGAUACGAGGAAGAUCGAAAAAACCAUUAA